UCGUUGACACGAAACGAAAAAUUAAAAUCAAAUCGCUAUUUCCACCACUUUACUGAGUAUAAAAUUGCUUGCUGCAAAGUCUCUGCUUUCAGCAUUACUGCUUGUAUGAAAUUUGACCUCAAGCACUAGUUUCGAUUGUUGGGCCAUCUUUAGCCAUUGUUACUAAAAAUAGAAUCAUGCACUGUGUUUGGGAUAACUCUUUUUUUUUAAAGUAUUCUUUCCCCUGAAAAAUAAGAAAAAUAAGCUUUUCCUUUCUAUUUUUUUUUCUUUAUAACGGUUGAGCAGACAAAGCUCUUCUACCUACUCUCACGUCAUCAUGUUUAAAGUACUCAAUGAUCCUUUUAAACGAAGGUUGACUAUCUCUUAUGUAUACGACUGGUUACUGGUCGUCAUUAUGACAGCUGUCUUUUUCGCCAUCGACAAGAUUACGCCAUUUCACAGAAUGUUUUCAAUAGAAGAUAAAACUAUCAUGUUUCCCCAUACAGAGAAAGAAACCGUUCCUGUGUGGUUAUUAGUGAUCAUUUGCCUCUUGAUACCUGCUGUCAUUAUAGGGGCUAUCUCACUCAGUGGCAUAGGCUAUAAGAGGAGUCUCCACGAUUUUCAUAGUGGAAUUCUUGGCCUAUGCUUGGGUUUAUCUAUGACUAUUAUGCUAACGGAUAUCAUUAAAAUCACAGCCGGUAGACCUCGACCAGAUAUGCUAUCACGUUGUAAACCACCACCAACCGCUGUAGAUCCCCAGUUCGGACUAUUGAGUGUGGAUAUAUGUACAACGGACAUUCAUUCCAGCGUUAUGAUUGACGGGUUCAAGAGUUUCCCGAGUGGACACUCAUCAUUCUCUUUCUCUGGCUUGGGUUAUUUAGCAUUUUAUAUUGCCGGCAAAAUGAAAAUGUUUGAUGAAAAAGGUCACACGUAUAAAGGCUUCAUCUUUGCUUUUCCUAUCAUUGGAGCACUAUUAGUAGCUAUAUCUCGUACUGAGGAUUAUCGUCAUCAUUGGCAAGAUGUCACUAUUGGUGCUUUAUUAGGCACUUUUUGCGCAUACUUUGCUUAUCGCCAAUAUUACCCUAGUCUCGCCACAGACGGCUGCAGAGAUCCUUACUUGACCCGAGUGGCGCAUAUUAAAAAGUGUGACGAAGAAUUAGGCAUGGUCCACCAUAGCAAUGGAGGCAGAAGACAUGAAUCUGAUAUUGCCCUACUACAGCCUCACCACGGUAUACCAAAAGAUACCACCAUGCAUAACAACUACGACGACUAUUUGAAUCACAACAGUGAAAACGAUACGGACCACAUGUCAUUGAGUACACAACAGCAUCAAUUCCAACAGAAAUACCCCUCGGAAUAUGGAGACAGUAGCAACCAUCUUACACUGUACGAUACCAACAACUCUAUCAACAGUAGUGAACCUUUAGUGACUACUACAGAUAGCAGCAACAAUUACAUACCCUCCAAAUGAAAUUUAAGCCAUCCAAAGAAGUGCUCGUAAAAUAAAUUUAUUGUG